AUGUUUCUGGCGUCCAGACUGAGACUUUUUAUACUUGGAGAGCCUUUGUUGAGACCAUCGCAGCCAUCUCCAUUCCAGUUGUUUAUGCAGGAGACUCGGUCUAAUGUAAGGUUUGACAUAUAUCUGCUCGUUCUCCUGGUGAUAGCAUGCCUGGGGCUCGCUCUAGCCUUCUUCAGGAACUCAAGAGAUGGAGGGAAUGCUCUUCUGUAUGCCAUUGGAUUCCUCCUUAUAUUCUGCUCAUACAAUCUUCAGAAGGUCAUUGAGGCUAACAGAAUGCUGAAUAAGUCGGUGCCGCACACAGAUGCUGCAGAAAGCUCGUGGUCUUGGAGAAGAUGGAUACCCCCCUGGGGGAUUAAGCUUGGCAGCUCCCUCCGCAUUGCCCAUGGCUCCAGCCUCCUUUCGAAUGCAGGCCUCCUGGGGCUUCCGGAAAAGACCGGUAUGGCGUCUCGUAUGUCUCCAUACGCAGUCCCCCAUGGGAUAGAACAAGAGAAGCUCGAAGGCGUGAAUCCCAGCCCCGAAGAGGCCUCCAGAAAAAGCGGUUCUCUUGUAACCUCAAGAAGGGAGAGCCCAGGGACUCGUACAGAAGAAAAUCCCUCCAUAAGAAAGAGAGACAACCUGGAAGCAGAUGACAGCAGCAGCGAUCACCAAAAAUCCCCUGUACUCAAGAUUGCCAGGCCAUCGAUAGCUAAUAGAAGAAUGGACAGUGCCGAGAAGAAAGAGGCCCUCCUUGGGAACCUUAUGAAGAUAUUUCAGCUCAAGGUCGAGACCGAUGAAAGCCUGCAGAGGCAUGUUUUGAACCUUAAGAACAUCGAGAUGCAGGUCAACAAGAUUUUGGAGGAAUUUACUAAGGUAUUCAAGAUAUUCAUGAAGGAGGCGGAAAAGAUAGAAAGUGAGAUGGUUGGGUUCAAUGCAUCUACAAGAUAUCUGAACAUAUCUCUGAACGAGCUGAAAGUAGAAAUCAAAAAGUACUUUUCUAAUCUUCCAAAGUCCAGGGCUAGCCGCGAGAUUCCGAACUAUCUCUCAACAUUAGCCAGAAACUAUCACAACAACGAGGACAUUGGGAGUGGAGAUAUGGGGCCUAUGAUCAGGUAUGAAAGCUGCAUGAUGUUCCUCCUUGCAGUCCAGAUGGUGCUCUGCCUUCUUCUAUUCCUCGCAGCUUUGGCAAAGCUUGAUGCAGUCACCUCCAUUCUGAGACCUGUUGUGUCCGUAGGCCUUGUUGUAGUGACAUUGCUAAGUGCUGUGUUUCUUCUCAGUGGCCAGAUGCUUGACAGAAGCUGCAAGUCUGGAUCAGUCAGAGGAUGCAGCUUCACACCGGCACUUAUAGAUGGGGUGAAGCGACUUGAGGUGGUGUCCAAGGCCGACGACCUAGAAGACCAGCUGGAUGCCAUUUUAAAGGAGACUGGAUAUGUUACAGAGGCCCUGAGCCUGUAUGUAAAGGCCAUGAUGGAUACAAGAGUCAAUGCAAAGAUGUCUGUCUUCUCCAACUUGUUCAACAAGAUAUUGUUUGUGUACGACGACUUUGGGCAUCUAACGAAAAAGAAGGUCGACAAGAACACAUUCUAUGGCUAUAUAAAGAUAAUGAGCAGGCUUUUGGAAAACAUUGCAAGCCUCCUGGAGUUUUCUGAACAAAAGGACAUGGUCGACAUCUAUGUCAACGAAAGGGCCUUUUUGUUCUGGCUGAAUGCAGACAAGGGCUCUGUGGUUGAAUCCAUACGAGAGAUUACAGAGGCAGGACCAAUAGACAGGUCUGGGAUGCCCCCAAAAUGGUGUGUAAAUGCACUGCAAGGAAUAUGCGAUGCGAAGGACAGUGUGGAUGCCCUGUUUUUGCUAACUCUUAUUGGAGGGCCCAUAUUUUUGUUUCUUCUCUACCUGUAA